AAAGACAUCACCCAUGUCUACUACCAUCAAAUGGCACAUGAAAGGCUGACAUUCCAAAAAGCAAUUGAAAUAACCAAUGAAUUGAGAAAGUUGAUCCCAAUUGGAACGUUAAACUUCUACGACCUUCCUUUGAAUGACUCUGACCUUGGGGGUCUUUCUGUUGAACAAGAUCCUGAUUCAUUAUGGAAAUGGUUUGAUAUUGACUUUUUCAUAUACAUUUGCAAAGGUAAAGUCUGCCAAGUACUAAGCUACCUACAAUUCCUUAUUGAUUUUCAAUUUAUGAAGGCUACAUUUAGAAUAGUAUCAUUCAAAGAAGAUUCAAGUGUUAAAAUAUGUAAGGUCAGACUAUAUGGGGUUCCCUUGGAUAUUCAAGGUGGUCGAUAUAUACAAGAAUGGAGAGCACUGACACCGAAAUCUUAUAACAUUGAUAAGAACUAUCAACGAUAUCUUGAUUCCAUUUUGCCUUAUAUCGACUUUAGCAAUCGUGGUUGGUUACUUGAUGAUGGUAAGGUGAUUCCAUUAGAGCAUUUGCUCCCAUUGGUGCUCUUGCGCUGUAAGGAGACCAUAAAGCAAGAAGAUCUUUCCAUUGAAGAAUUUAAUUUCCAUGUAGAAAGAUGGACCAAUAAUUCUACAGUUGUUCCUUAUAAAGGUCCUUCUUCAAACUCCAGUUCAUUUAGUAAAAGGAUUAGAGAUAUUUAUAACGAGGUUCCUUCACCAGUUGUUAAUCAUAAUAUACAAGUUCACACAUCAAUAACAGGAGUCACUUCCACUUUGUACCCUUUUCAAGCAAGAUCAGUGGCCAAAAUGUUGGAAAAGGAAACAAUACCAGGUCGAGCAUUGGUUCCCAAUUUGAUCCUGGUGAAAUGUCCUGAUGGAUCUCAAGAGUAUUACUUUGAUUUGAAAACUAAAUGUAUAUUUGAAUCUCCUGAAUUGCUUUCAUUGCCCCGUGGUGGCAUCCUUGCUGAAAAUAUGGGAUUAGGUAAAACCCUAAUCUCUUUGAGCUUAAUAUCGGCUUCUAAAUACGAAGUUUCCAAAAUACCUCUGGAUUUACUUAUACAUAAUAGUGAAGAGUCUGAAAUUCCUGAAUAUGAAUUCAAGGGCAAUUUUUCCAAGCCUGUAAAAGAGAAGAUGAAUGUGAAAAGUUUGGUUGAAAUAUGCUCCGAUAUUAUUGGACAAGACUCUAUACCAUGGAAACAUCAUAUUAACAAUCUACCACAAUCAGUAAUAGCAACAUUAACAAAUAAUCCAGGAUAUUUUCGUAUACCUUUAGACAAUGAUGAAUUUGUAUCUCCUUACUCCCAACGCAAGAGACAUCUGCUUAGGAGAGUUGAGCGAGGUGUUUUCAAUUUUCGAAAAUUGUAUCUUUGCAGCACUACCCUUGUUAUUGUUCCUGAUAACUUGUUCAUACAAUGGAAUGAAGAAACCAAUAAGCAUUUGGAACCAGGGUAUCUCAAGAUCUUAUUCAUAUCCAACUAUUAUAAAAUGAAACAACCAGACUCAUGCAACACCUACUCCGAUUUUAUCCCGUUGGAACCUACCAUCCUUAUACAAUAUGAUCUAAUUCUUCUUUCACGUACUAUAUUUGCUAGGAGCGUUGAUAAUGACAGCAACCCAUUGGCAUCAAGUUUUUUGGCACGCUCGUUAUUCGCAGAACGUAAAUGGGCAGUUACAGGGACUCCGACUUCGGGAUUAACUCGCUUGUACAUGGAUGAACUUGAGCAGCAUCAGGCAAGAAAGUCGAAAUAUGUGGUCAAGAACUCUUUUAAUGAGAAAGCCGAUUUACAGAAAUUAGGUAUAAUAAUAGGAAAUUUCCUCAAACUUGAACCGUUUGCGAGCCAGCCUAAACUAUGGAACUCGCAAAUUAUUCAACCAUUGCUAGCCAAUUAUUAUGGUUCUGAAUUGUUAUUUUCUAAUUUGUUGCACUCAAUUAUGGUUAGACAUAAUCCAAGAGAUGUGGAACAAGAUUUGGAAUUGCCACCAUUGCAUCAUGAUGCGGUUUUCCUUGAACCAUCGUACCACAACAUCAUGUCUAUAAAUUUGUUCACGGCUGUGCUAGCUGUUAAUGCAGUUACUUCUGAAAGAACAGACGUUGAUUAUAUGUUCCAUCCCUCAAAUCGACUGCAAUUACGUAAGUUAAUCACAAAUUUACAGAGAGCUACCUUUUAUUGGACCGGUUUCAAACAAGAAGAUGUGGAAACAUUGAUCAAAAUCUGUUUGUCCUCAUUAAAGAAGAAAACUCAAUCCGGAAUUUCAAAGUAUCUGGGUCGAGAUACAGAACUACUUGAAAAAUCGAUUGCUGUUGCCCAGUUAGCAUUGAGAAAUUUACAGUGGAGAACAUCUUCAUUAUUACAUGAAAUGAACUAUUAUGUUUCUAACUUACCAGAUAUUUUCAUGAGAACCUAUGGAAUUGGAGUAGCCAAUGACAAGGUUGGGGUUUAUGGAGCUCCUCAUCUUACUUCAAUCCAAGAAUUUUUCUUCAAGAAUCGAUUCAUUGAUUAUACAAAUGUUGAAAGAGUCACAGAAUUGUUGGAAGAGAAAAGCAAAGAGUUCUGGAAAAAGUAUUGGCAAGAAAAUGUUAAACGAAAUGCAGAACGGUUUAAUAAACAAGAUCCUAAUCAGGACGUUGAAAGUCGUAUCAAGGAAGGUGCAAUUGAAAAUUCAAUGGAUAUUCCAGAUAUUGCCUUGUCUACUCCCAAAAAAUCUAGACCUAAGAAGGAGUUCAGUUCACCUAAGGAAGAGCUUGAACGAGAAGUUGGCCAUUUGAAUUAUCAUAAUCAUAAUGAGACUGUUUCUUAUGAUAAAAUAAGAAGGGCAAAAGUGUUAGGAACAGCUUCGGCCAAACUAUCAUAUUUAGUUUCGAGACUUCUUGACCAUCAAGAAACCAAGAUAAAGUCUCUAGUGUUUUUUGAAUUUGAAGACUCUGCAUAUUACCUAACUGAAGCACUAGAUAUUCUUGGUAUAAACUAUAUCCUUUACGCUACAUCAAUAACACCAGCUCAAAGAGCCAAGAAUUUGGUGGAGUUUGCUAAUCACGAUGUUGAAGUGGACGGAGGGUUAAGUCUAAUUAUGGAUUUGAGGUUAGCUGCACAUGGUUUAACCAUUCUCUCGGCUACCAGAGUUUACUUCAUAAGCCCAGUAUGGUCACAAUCAAUUGAAGCACAAGCAAUCAAACGUGCCCACCGUAUUGGUCAAACAAAAGACGUUUAUGUCGAGACAUUGAUCUUGAAAGGAACAUUAGAAGAAGAAAUCUAUAAACGAAGAACAAAUGAUGUUGAGCAGGAACAACUUGGGCCUAACGGAGAGGAAACUAACGAAGAGGAACAGAAUGGAAGGGAUAAGCGAAGGUUUGUUAUUGAUGAUACUGGAAUGCAAGACACAAGAUCUGAACUUGAAUGAGUACUCCUCUUUCCUGUAUCCUAUUAUGAAUCAUAAUUGGGUUGAACCCAAACAAGAAGAAUCGAGUGAAUAUGCUUUAUUAAAACAUCAAUCUUUUACAAAUAGAGGACUAAAACAUUAUGAUAUGUAUUUGUUCAGUGAGGAAAGUCUUGUUAAGAGUAAUAAACUUCAAAGUGAACGGGCACGAACAAGAUCUGUAGCAGAGAUGACUGAAGUUUCUGAUCCUGCUAAUCCAAAUAAGCGGGUCAAAUUAGACAAGAUUCCAACUACAAGAAAACAGGUAAGGUUUUCAUAAGCUUGUAUGUAUUGUAAUGCAUAGAUUAUAAUUCUCUAACUAUGACUCGUGAAUCAGUAGAACAAGAAACUACAAUCUUUUGGUCUGGAUGAUAAUCAACAUCCACAACAGCACCUUCAUGGCCAUUGUACUUGCCGAUUAUCUCAUGCGAUCCCAAGUCCCAUUCUGUAACAUGGGCAUCUUCAGAACCUGAAACUAUGCGAAUAUUAUCAUUACUAAAACAUGCUCGAAUUAGUAAAUUUUCCUUUCCUGAAGGAGCACCAAUGUAUCCAUGUGUGUUUACACGGGGAAUGUUGGUAGGGACAAUGUCACUGGCAUUGUAUGUAAGAAUUGCACCGUUCAUUGACCGACUAAGUAGCAUGGUGUCAUCUUUACUUAUAGCCAAAGAAGUAACGGACGAGUGAUUGCCAUUCUCUUCCUUCCAUAAAGGUUUGUUGAGUACUCGAACAUCAUAUGCCGUAAUUGCAGGAUCUAUUCCACUUGUGUAAACAGUAUUUCCCUUGUGGUUAAAUACACAUGAUAACAAGGGAUAUUUGGUUUGAACAUUGGCUACUGGAUCUUUAAAUCGUAUAUCCCAAAACAACAAUUUCCCGUCAUCACCAACAGAUACAACAUGAUCAGAACAUGUAGUUACUUGGUUAAUCACACCUUCAUGCCCAGUACAUUUUCUCAACCUUCGUCCUGUAAACACGUCCCAAAAUCCAAUAGUUGAAUCAGCAGAUCCACUUACUAAGGUACCAUCAUCAAACAACCAACUCACAGAUAUUACUGAACCUUUGUGUCCAAGGAGCUCUAAGUAAUUUGGAUCAGGAUCUUCUGUAGAUGUAGGUAGGUUCCACAAUUGGAUAGUUUUGUCAUGUCCACCACUGGCUAUUUUGGUGCCUUCAUGAUUAAAUUUAGUACAGUAUACAGUUCCCUGGUGCCCGUUUUCAAGCACUACAGUGGAGCUGUACAAUAUACGUGUUGAUUCUUGUAUGUUAGGUGCAUUUGUAUCAUCAAUGCUUCUUCGUUGUCUCUUUGCCACCGACAUUAGUAGUUCGUUGGCCUCCUUAAUAGUAAUUGAAGAAUUAUGGUCAUCCUGUUAUUUUUUUGUGAGCCGCAUUUGGUGCUGGGAGUAGACGGGGGGCUUAGACUUUGAGAUCUAAAGAAUUUCCAGUGCAACUAGCUGUUAGUUGAGCAGCUGUCUCUCAAGGUAGGUUAUCUCGUUAUUGGACAAAGACUUUAAUGACUCAUAAAUUAGGCUUAUCCUGUAAAAUCACAAACUAGUUUCAAGAGAUGAAAUUGAGAUUACCAUCGGUACCUUCGGAAGUUAGUGCUAUCAGAUCUGAUUUCCUGAAGAGGAGAAGUUUUGCCCUUUGUAUUGUUUGAAGAAACUAAACAUUGCUCCUGGACCGGUCCAUGUGAGUCACCAUUUUCAAAUAACAUAGUCACUACUUGAUAAUAGAAAAAAAAAUUAUGGCUCAAUGCAUAUUGAAAUACAACGGACUCAAAUGAACCCUAAUCCGAUAAAAUGACGAAAUCUAAACCACAAAUCAUACUUAAUUAGGUUAAAUAUAAUUACAUGGUACAUUAUUGGUCAUAAUAUUUACAAUUAUAAACUGCUUGACCACAUAAAUUUUGAAUACACUUCCGCUCUAUAAUAGUGGCUUUCCCAUUCUAUUUCUAUUAACCGAACCGCCUGGAGAGAGAGUGGCUUACUUGGGAGCGGGCUUGUUUGGGACUAAUUUACCAAACCACAAGUUGUAAUUAGCAAUUUUUAAGUGAUUCGUAUAAAUAUGGCUGAAGAAAUUAAGGGGUGGGUGAGAAUAAGCCACAUCCUAUUCUCAUUAUAGUUUUAUUUUCCCGGAAUACUUGCCAAGUUGACCGAAUAAUUGUACCCUAUUUUGCUAGCUCCAUUUUUCCUUUGUUAUAUUAUCCAGAUCUUUUUAACAGGUUGUAUUUGAUUAUAAUUAGUAUAUUUACUGGCCCUGGGCUGCUCAUAAGAAUGUGUGGAUCUUGGCGGUUUCUAAGUUUCUGACGUAUUUUUUGUCAAAUCUUGGCAUUUUCCAUACCAACAGCCUCACUUUGUUUCACUUCGAUUAAACGUUAUCAAAAUUGGGUUCUAUUCCAAAUUCCUUGGCAAUAUCGCAAUUAUUCCCUAAUAUUUAUCACAAUUCACUUUUUGGAUCUGAUGUUGUCAAUGGAAUGCCGUUUUCUUUACUCCAUUGUAAUUUGCAGCCGCACUUUCAAAUCUUUGUUUAUUUUUCUCGGCAUGCUCAUUUGUUAUUUGCAGCCACAAUUAAAUCUUUAUUAGUCAUCCACCACACCUCAACCCCCAUAGUUUAGACCUUAAUUGUAUGGUACUCAAUGUACAAUGCUGCAGAUUAAUAUGUAUUCAAUUUACUAUAGUACAUUCUCUAUUAUGAAACCAUCCCCGUGAUUGAACUAAAUGUCGGAUAUGAAAAAUUAUAAAUACCGUUGGGAAUAACCUUUGUAAAAUAGCAAUGUCUUCUUUAUAUAAGCUGUAUACAAUGACUCGUAAUUCUACUGAAAUAUAUCCU